AAGACUGACAAGUUAGAAUAGAAACCCUCCCUCCCUAAAUUAUAACCUCCUGUGUUAAUACUAAUUAUUAAAAAAAAAAAAAAAGAAAAAAAAAAGAGAUGGAAGACAUGAAUGGCCAUGGCGGCGUUGCAGAAGAAACAACACCAUCACCAUCCAAUGGAAAAGAAGCUGAUUUAUCGCUUGAACAACAAAUUGAUGACUUGGCUUUAGAUUCAUCAGAAGCUGGGGGGAAUCAGGAAGCUGCAAAAAAGAAAAAGAAGAAGAACAAAAGCAAGAGGAAGAAGGAAAAGGAGCAAACCGAUCCUCCGACUAUUCCCGUUGCAGAACUUUUCCCUCAAGGAAACUUCCCCGAGGGUGAAAUUCAGCAAUAUAAGGAUGACAACCUCUGGAGGACUACAUCCGAGGAAAAGAGAGAUUUAGAACGCUUAGAGAAGCCCAUGUAUGACUCAAUACGACAGGCUGCAGAAGUUCAUCGCCAGGUUCGCAAAUAUAUGAGGAGUGUCAUAAAGCCUGGGAUGCUGAUGGUUGACUUGUGUGAAACCUUGGAGAACAAUGUUCGGAAGUUAAUAUCAGAGAAUGGUCUACAAGCUGGCAUUGCAUUUCCUACAGGAUGCUCGUUAAACUGGGUCGCAGCCCAUUGGACUCCUAACUCUGGAGAUAAAACUGUGCUUCAAUAUGAUGAUGUGAUGAAAUUGGAUUUUGGAACUCAUAUAAAUGGACACAUAAUUGACUGUGCAUUCACAGUUGCAUUCAAUCCAAUGUUUGAUCCCUUACUGGAGGCUUCCCGUGAAGCCACAAACACUGGUAUCAAGGAAGCAGGGAUAGAUGUACGUCUAUGUGAUGUAGGUGCUGCAAUCCAAGAGGUCAUGGAAUCGUAUGAAGUAGAGAUCAAUGGGAAGGUAUUCCAAGUGAAAAGUAUCCGGAACUUGAAUGGACACAGCAUCGGACCUUACCAAAUUCAUGCUGGGAAAUCAGUUCCAAUUGUGAAAGGAGGAGAACAGACAAAGAUGGAAGAGGGAGAAUUUUAUGCAAUUGAAACUUUUGGAUCCACUGGCAAGGGUUAUGUGAGAGAAGAUCUGGAGUGCAGCCAUUACAUGAAAAACUUUGACGUUGGUCAUGUUCCAUUACGGUUGCCAAGAGCAAAACAACUUCUUGCCACGAUUGAUAGGAAUUUUUCUACACUAGCCUUCUGUCGACGUUAUUUAGAUCGACUAGGGGAGAGCAAGUAUCUAAUGGCUCUCAAGAAUUUGUGUGAUGCCGGUGUUAUUCAGCCUUACCCCCCCUUGUGUGACACAAAGGGUAGUUACGUUUCUCAGUUCGAGCACACUAUAUUGCUUCGUCCGACAUGCAAAGAGGUUGUAUCACGAGGCAGUGACUAUUAGUUACUAUUGGGAAUGUAACAAUUACUCUCAGAUUCUCGGAAUGCCCCUCUAAAAAUAUAAGCAUUUUGUUUCAUUCCAUAUUCUCUUUGAUUUUUCUAUAUAUUUUUGUGGGUUGAUGACAUAUGUAUUUUCUAUAGUGAUGUGAGAUCAAGUACCAUAAUUAUAUUGCUAGAUGAUCGGAAUGUAUGGACGAAUGAUCAUAGUGAUCCCCUCAGAAUACAGUAACUGCAGACUCUAUGGAUCUCCAGAUGUCACAAUAUAACCACAAAUGCUUUUCCACUUUGAAAAUUGCAA